CGCCCGCAACUUGUUGAUGACCGUCGAAGUCGCCGCCGCCGCGGGUUUUCCGCUCGUUUCCUCUCCUCGUUGCCGCCGGCUAUACCAAUGAUUAUAGUAAUAUGUUAUUUCUCGACCGUUGUUCUCUAUUCGUUUAUCCUCGCGGUGUCGUGUCACCGUUCCCGAUACAAUGCCUCAAUUUUACCGGAUUUCUUCCGGUAUUGUUUAGGAGACUUAAUUAGCAAUCGUUAACGACGAUGGUGAUGAUGCGAGAAUAGCUUUCAACCAUCAAUGGACUAAAGGAAAUUAAUUGUACGGACGUGAACCUGUGAAAUAUAAUCUUCCGAUCAUGUUACCAAUCCGUUUACCUAAUACAAUCUUGGCAAGUCGUCGCCAGCAACCACCUACACCUAGCCCAACAGAACCUAAAGUACAAGUUCGGCCAUUAACGAAAGAUUCGCUGGAAACUAGACAACAUGUUUCAACAUCUGUUGGGUAUGGUUACCAAACUCGAAAUAAAGUGAGCGUGUUAGAUGGAUCUGUGUUACCCAGUAAAUUUGAGCCGUUUCCUAGUGAAUUGUAUGGCAUGCCACUUGAGGAAAUUGACAAUUUUAUAUUUGAUGAGACCUUUUGCGUGGUAUCCAAAAGAUUUCGGAAGAAUUAUAUACACCGUUUCACAGCCACCCAGUCUUUCUUUAUGUUUUCCCCUUGGAACUCGUUUCGGCAACUGUGCAUAUACAUUUCUACUAAUCAAAUAUUCGACUAUGUGGUUAUGACCACUAUAUUGCUCAAUUGUGUCUUCCUAGCCAAAACAGAUUCAGUUGAAGAAGCUGAAUACAUAUUCUUGGCCAUAUAUACGGCCGAAAUGGUUAUCAAAACCAUAUCAAAGGGAUUUAUACUAAAUAAGUAUACAUACUUACGGAAUCCAUGGAACUGGCUGGAUUUCAUCGUCAUCACGUCGGGCUAUGCAACCAUCGGCAUGGACGUCGGGAAUCUAGCCGGGCUACGUACGUUUCGCGUACUGAGAGCUUUGAAAACCGUAUCCAUAAUGCCAGGUCUCAAGACGAUCAUCAACGCUUUGUUGCACUCCUUUCGUCAAUUAGCUGAAGUCAUGACACUGACCAUAUUUUGUCUAAUGGUAUUUGCUCUGUUUGCGCUUCAAGUGUACAUGGGUGAAUUGCGGAAUAAAUGUGUCAUGAUUAACGAAGACAAUGUGAAUUGGCUGAUAUGGAUAAAUAAAGAGCAAAACUGGCUGUCGGACAACGAAGGAAACCCAAUGCUAUGCGGCAACGUGACUGGGGCGAGACAUUGCCCAGUUGGUUACGUGUGCCUUGGCGUUGGCCCUAACCCCAAUCACGGUUACACGAAUUUCGACAAUUUCCUGUGGUCUAUGUUGACUACGUUCCAGCUAAUUACACUAGACUAUUGGGAAAACGUCUACAACAUUGUGUUGGCAACGUGUGGCCCGAUGAGUGUCAUAUUUUUCACGGUGGUGGUGUUCUUCGGUUCGUUCUAUCUGAUCAAUCUGAUGUUGGCUGUCGUCGCCCUGAGCUACGAAGAAGAAGCGGAAAUCACGCAAGAGGAGAGGCGAAAAGACUUGACGGACUAUCGGGACGAAUCGACAUUCAGUUUCGACCCGAGCCGCAUCCCGGUCAAGCAACUGCAGGACAGACAGAACCGGGAAAAAAAGAAAGUAGACGGCCGGAAAGGUGUGCUACUGUCUUCGGUGACGCGCAAACGGAAAAAAUCGCGAAGACGUCGGACACCGUCUCAGCAACGGUUUCAACAACCGGAGCAACAACAACAGCAGAACCCCACGGAUGACCAAGAUGGAACCAUUGAAGGAGUGACGGAUGCCGCGGAACCGGAAGUGGAAAUAAUGGCGACGACGGCAACGGUGGCAUCAGAAGCUGACGCGUCGGCGGUGACAGUUGCGUUGGGCGACUGUGAAGAAGAUGAAGACUCAGGCAGUCGUUCGUCAACGCCCCGUCGAAAACCGUCGAGGUCGCCCGAUCCACCGGCACAACCGGUCUCGCCACCACCGCAACCGGAACCACCGCCUGUCACUUCCACCACCGCCAAACCCAACGUGGCUGCCGACAGUCUGCGACCGUGCGCUCUUGUAGCUCCGCAAGGACGAGAACGGUGGUUACUGGGUAGUAGACAGGGCAGUGCGAAUACCAGUGAAGGGAACAACAGGGAUUCAUCACUGGACGACUCAGGUGUAGUAGAUGAUCAUGAUGACGGGGAAGCGACAUCGCAAUCACAAUCCCAUCACACUUCACCACAGCCGCAGCAAUGCGGAUACCAUCAGUUACCUCAGAAUUCUACCAACGAUAAUGGUUUAGCUGUAUCAAAAAGCAUUAAAGUGAUCAAAUGCAAUGGGCUGAAAACAAAACCAUUUGGCCGCAACGGCGAGGCCGAGUACGUGUCUCAGGUGGUUGUUAUUGAUGAUCGAAGUUGUACGAAUUGCAACAGAAAUUGCAUUGACUACCAGACAUGGUUAAGAGUUCAAAACUGUUUGCAUAAAGUGGUUAGAGAUCCAUUAUUUGAGUUGUUUAUUAUGGCAUGUAUAAUAUGCAAUACAAUAGUGCUGGCUAUUGAACAUCAUGGAAUGUCACAAAAUGUACGAAAUAUUUUGGACGUUGGAAACAAGGUUUUCACAACUAUUUUUACUGUGGAAUGUCUAUUCAAGUUAAUUGCUCUAAGUAAUGAAUUCUUCAAUUGUGGUUGGAAUAUAUUUGACAUGAUCAUUGUAACAGCUAGCUUAUUAGAUUUAUCAUUUGAAAUGAUCGAUGGUUUAUCAGUUCUUCGCUGUUUAAGAUUGCUUCGAGUUUUAAAAUUGGCUCAAUCGUGGACAACCAUGAAAGUACUAUUGAGCAUCAUUAUAUCGACAAUCGGAGCUCUCGGUAAUCUUACGUUUGUUCUAAUCAUCAUUAUAUAUAUAUUCGCCGUCAUCGGCAUGCAACUAUUCUCAAAAGAAUAUAUGCCAGAAAAAUUUGAUCCAGAUCCUGUGCCAAGAUGGAAUUUUUCAGAUUUUUUUCACUCGUUCAUGAUGAUUUUUCGAAUUCUUUGUGGUGAAUGGAUUGAACCAUUGUGGGAUUGUAUGAAAGCCGAAGAAAAAGAGGGUUUCGGUAUAUGCUUCGCAAUAUUUUUGCCGGCGCUAGUGAUGGGUAACUUCAUGGUUCUCAACUUGUUUUUGGCGUUGUUACUCAAUAGUUUCAAUUCUGAAGAAUUAAAAUCAAAAAAAGAGGAAGUUGGCGAUGGCUCCAAACUGGAACGAAGUUUUCAACGGAUUCGUUCAAUUAUCAGGAAACGUAAGCGUCGACAAUCGCGAACAGAGACAACUAGUUGUGAUACUUCUGUAAAUUUUAAACUGGAAAAUACAGUUAAACAACUAAUGCGAAUAAAAAAUGAAAAAAAGAAAUUAAAAACAGAAAUGGUUAAUAUGUCGGAUGAUGAAAUAUGCGAGCGACAAGAGAACUGUGAAUAUGACAUAGAAAUUACCAACGAUCGUAUAGAAACUGAUCAGAACGAUGGGACAUCAUUAGUACUAAAUGCCGGAUACUUAGAUCAACAAGAAAAGACUGAUCGCCGAAUUCAGCGUGCCAUGACAGAAGAUUCUACUGACACAGUUUUGGUUACAGGAUAUAACCAAGGGCCAUUCACAACUCAGCAAACGCCAGUAUUUAGUUGCCAGGAAUCAACAUCUGAUGAUUUAUUGUACCAUCAAAUCAUGCAAGAUGCCAUGUGUUAUGCACCUACUUUAACAAGAGACUUAGAAUUACCAAUGUUAGAUGAAACAUUUGAGUUAUCCGAACAUUAUACUAGUCCACCACCAGUAGGAAUACACCGAAGAUCAUACAUAUUGGCUACUAGACAAGACAGCAGUAAAGACGAAAUUGACGAUCAAGAUGAAACAUGUUUCUUGAAACAAAAAAAUAAGGAUAUAGUUACUGAUGAAAAGUCCAAAAAGAAACCUUGGAUAACACUUGUAUCUUAUGUGGACGAAUUAACCGUGGGCGGAAGAAGAGACUCCCAAGGAAAUUUCGUUGAUGCAGCUCCUACUUUUCCAGGUUUUGGCAGAAAUAAACAAUCAAAAGCUCCACUAGAAUGUUUUCCUUUUAAUUGCUAUCAAAGGAUUGGGAUAAAAAAAGAAUGGGUUGACACUUGUUUUGGCGACCGAUGGAUGACUUUUCGACAGAAAACUCUCGUGAUAGUAGAUACUCCGAUAUUUGAAUGGUUUAUACUAGUAUUGAUUUUUGCGUCGAGUGUAACUUUAUGCUUCGAAGAUAUUUACCUAGAUGAAAAUCAAACGCUCAAAACUGCAUUAUAUUGGACUAAUUUUACGUUUUGCGUUAUAUUCACAAUUGAACUUAUGCUAAAAUGGAUAGCAUUGGGAGUUUAUAAAUACUUUAAAAGUUUUUGGACGGCGUUAGACUUUAUUAUUGCAAUGAUGUCAAUUUUUAGUUUACUAAUUGAUGAAAAUGAGAAUUUAAAAGUUCUACGGUCGUUAAGAACUCUCCGAGCUUUGCGACCACUCAGAGCUAUAUCGAGAUGGCAAGGGAUGCGGAUAGUUGUGAAUGCUCUGAUGUAUGCAAUUCCAUCAAUUUUUAACGUUCUGCUGGUUUGUCUUGUGUUUUGGUUGAUAUUCUCAAUCAUGGGUGUACAGUUUUUUGGUGGAAAAUUUUUUAAGUGUGUUGACGACAACGGAGACCGUGUAUCCGUAAACAUUGUCAAUAAUCGCAGUGACUGCAUGCUCCAUAACUAUACUUGGUUAAACUCAAAAAUAUCAUUUGAUAACGUGGGCAUAGCUUAUUUGGCUUUGUUUCAAGUUGCUACAUUUGAAGGAUGGAUGGAAGUAAUGGCAGAUGCUGUGGAUGCUCGUGGUGUAGACUUACAACCUGAAUAUGAGGCAAACUUGUAUGCUUACAUAUAUUUUGUGAUAUUUAUUGUGUGUGGAGCAUUUUUUACUCUAAACCUUUUCAUCGGUGUUAUAAUUGAUAACUUUAACAUGCUUAAAAAAAAGUACGAAGGCGGAGUAUUAGAAAUGUUCUUGACUGAAAGUCAAAAGCAUUAUUAUACAGCCAUGAAAAAACUAGGCCGGAAAAAGCCACAAAAAGUAAUUAAGCGCCCAGUCAAUCAAUUUAUGGCAAUAUUUUACGACUUAUCAAAUUCCCGAAGGUUUGAAAUAGCAAUUUUCGUAUUGAUUUUUUUAAACAUGUUGACAAUGGGUAUUGAACAUUACAAUCAACCUGUUUCGGUGUUUUUCAUAUUAGAAGUCUGUAACGCAUUUUUUACUACUGUCUUUGGACUAGAGGCUUUAGUGAAAAUUAUUGGUCUUCGAUUUCAUUAUUUUACUGUUCCUUGGAAUGUUUUUGAUUUUUUACUCGUCUUAGCAUCCGUUCUUGGCAUACUUAUGGAAGAUAUUAUGAUCGAUUUUCCAGUAUCACCGACACUUUUGAGAGUAGUUCGCGUGUUCAGGAUUGGUAGAAUAUUACGAUUGAUUAAGGCCGCCAAAGGUAUACGUAAACUGUUAUUCGCCUUAAUCGUGUCUUUACCAGCACUUUUCAAUAUUGGUGCACUACUCGGUUUGAUUACUUUUAUAUACGCCAUUAUCGGUAUGUCUGUUUUCGGGCAUGUCAAAAAACAAAAAGCCAUUAAUGACAUGGUAAACUUUGAGACUUUUGGUAGGAGCAUGCAACUGUUGUUCCGGCUGAUGACAUCGGCCGGAUGGAAUGACGUACUCGAAUCCCUUAUGGUACAACCACCGGAUUGUGAACUAGAAUCUCCAGGACUUCCAAAUGGCAAUUGCGGACACCCUAUUCUCGCGAUUACGUACUUUACGAGUUUUAUCAUAAUAAGCUACAUGAUAGUUAUAAAUAUGUACAUAGCUAUUAUAUUAGAGAACUUUAACCAAGCUCAUCAGGAAGAAGAAAUCGGCAUUGUAGAAGACGAUCUCGAAAUGUUUUACAUCAGAUGGUCUAAAUAUGAUCCACAUGCAACGCAGUUCAUAGCGUUCAAUCAAAUAUCUGAUUUCAUUGCAAGCUUGGACCCGCCAUUAGGCAUACCUAAACCGAAUAUCGUGGCUUUAGUCAGCUUCAAUUUGCCAAUUGCGAGGGGCAACAAGAUUCAUUGUCUAGACAUACUCCAUGCACUCGUCAAACACGUGCUUGGUCACGUCGACGAAACGGACGAAUUCAGAAAAUUAAGAGAUCAAAUGGAUGUGAAGUUUAAAAAACAAUUCCCGACACGUAAGGAACUAGAAAUCGUGUCAUCUACGCGUCUGUGGAAACGUCAAGAUAAAGCCGCGAGACUAAUACAAAGAAGUUACCGAAACUUCCGAAGGCGGAAAAAAGACAUAACAGAUUUGUGUUCGGAUACGCAGUCUUCAAGCCCCGGAGGUUGGCAAUCACGUCUUUCGUCAUUCUUACAUGUUAAAGGCAUGUCAAUCAGUGGUAUUGGAGGAGGUAUCGGAAGUAAUUCUAGAGCUUCGUCCAGAAAAUCUUCUAGAGCCUCCGACACGUCUGACAUAUCUGAACUAGGAGCGUCUCUCUGGCUUAACCUGCCAUUGUUUUUAUUGUCUAAUGCUCAGUUAGAUACAACGGGUAAAAACGAAGAACAAUCGCCCAAGAAAAAAUCACACGUCGAGGGAGGUGGCGGCGGACCGGUGCACAUCACGAUCAGCGAACCGUCGCCCGAGGCCAAACCAAACGCGGUGCUGCCUUUGUCGCUGGACGGGGUCGGCGACUUGGCAACCGGAAGCGGCACGGCGGACCGGAAGCAACAGCAACACCAGCUACCCCAACAGCAGCAGCAACAGGCAGCACCCAACGUGAGUAUCACCAUAACUGACGCGUCGCCGGUAAGCCCGAAACCGUUGCCGGUGGCGAACGUGCAACAGCAGCAUCAGCAGCAGCAGACCGGUGUCGGCGGCGGCCCGACGGCGGCACACAGCAAACGGUUGGCGUUCCGGCGGGCGAGCGAAGCGAAAAUCGUACAGCACAAGGCGCUAGUGCACAGGACGUCCGAAGGGCCACACAGCUGAUGGGAAUUAUGAUAAUACGUAUAAUAUAUUAUAAUAAUAUCGUCAAUAAUAUUUAUACACACCUAACCCACCAGAUAUACCUACGCCCGAGUCAUCGUUAUCGUUGUCGUCGUUGCAGUAGUUGUUGUUGUUCGUUGUUGUUGUUGUUUUUGUUGUUAUUGUUAUUUUUUACUAUUAUCAUUUAUUAUUAUUAUCAUUUAUUAUUAUUAUUAUUAUUA